AUGACUGCUCGUGAUCAAAUUCGAGCCAUGUUAGAUCAAUUGAUGGGAUCUGACAAUGGUAUGACAAAACCCAGUAUGUCAUUUGAAGAUCGUCGUGUAUGUCGACCAUUUUUAUUAAAUUGUUGUCCACAUGAAAUUCUAUCCGGAACAAGAGUUGAUUUAGGUGAAUGUGCUAAAGUACAUGAAUAUGCUUUACGUGCUGAUUAUGAACGAGCAGCAGCAACACGUAAUUUAUAUUAUGAAAUUGAUGCAUUAGAAGUAUUAAAUCAAUUUGUUGCUGAAGCUGAUCGAAAAGCUGAACAUGCAAAACGAAAACUUCGUGAAACACAAGAAGAAUUAGGUGAAGAAGCUGCACGAAAAAUGAAUUCUAUUCAUGAGUUAGGUGAACAAAUUGGUACAAAAUUAGCUAAAGCUGAAGAAUUAGGUGCUCAAGGUUUAGUUGAUGAAUCAAUGAAAUUAUUAGAUGAAGUUGAAGAAUUACGAAAAGCUAAAUCUGAUUCUGAACAAGAAUUUCGUGCAACAAUGCCAGCAUCAACAUAUCAACAACAAAAAUUACGUGUUUGUGAAGUAUGUUCAGCUUACUUAGGUAUACAUGAUAAUGAUCGUCGUUUGGCUGAUCAUUUUGGUGGAAAAUUACAUUUGGGUUUUAUACAAAUACGUGAAAAAUUAGCUGAUUUAAAAAAACGUGUCAGUGAAUUUAAUGAAAAACGUGAAUUAGAAAGAAAAAUGCGUCGAAAUUCACCAUCAUCAACAAAUGAUCGUGGAGAAAGAGAUGGAAAUGAUCAUUAUAAUCGAGAUUAUCGUACAUCACAACGUAGUCGAAGUCGUAGUCGAUCAAGAAAAGUUUCUAGUCGAGAUAAAGAUCGACGACGAUCACGAUCAAGAUCUGGACAUCGUUCAUCAAAACAUUCACAUAGUUAUCGAUCAUCACGUUCACGUUCAAGAGAUAGACGACGUCACAAACGUUCUCGAUCACGUUCUGGUUCAUCACGUCGUCAUCGCCGUUCUCGAUCUCGAACAUCACCAUCACGACGACAUCAUCGUCAUCGACAUGAUUCCCGAUCACCUGUACAUUCAUCAUCAAAUUCCAAACAAAAUGGUAGUAGUAGUAAUAAUUGUCGUACAGAUUCAAUUACUACUACUACUCAUGUUGAUGAUGAUGAUGAAGAAACAACACGUAUUCUUGAAAAUAUUCAACGAAAGGUCGAUUUCGAAUUUCGUCUUACUUGUUAUUUAUUUAUUUGGUUAUCAAUUGCUCUUCUUACUAUUUUUCUUGCUUGGUAUCGUUACGGUUAUAGUAUCAUUCAACAAUUAUCUAAAACCCCUUCAAAUAUUGAAACACACGAUAUUCCAUUUGUUGAAUCAGGUGAUUAUGAAAUCGAUGAUGCAACUGGUGCUGGUGCUGGUAAUAGUUCAACAACUACACUUGCGCAUGGUAAUAUAAUAUCAUUAAAUCAUCAAACACAUCAAUUUCAUAAUGAUUCAAUGUGGACAACAACAAAUGUACCUGCUAAACGUGGUCGACGUCCUAAACCAACUACUGUUGUUAUAACCACUACAGAACGAACAAUUGAACCUAAACGACGUGGUCGAAAACCAAAACAAUUAUCAUUAACAAAUAAAUCUUUAUCAUCAAUAGAUAAUAAUAAUAAAUCAAAUGAUAUUCUAUCUGAAUCUACAGAUGAUAUUAAUCAAAAUCAACAACGACGUUCAACAAUAGGAAUAAAAUCAAAUAAAAGAAUUAAAGUUGAAGAACAACAACAACUGACAGGUGAAACUAAUACAAUUUUACGUGGGAAACGUACUGGUAAAAUAUCAUCUCAACAAGAUAUUCCACAAGUUGCUUCAAAUAUAUCAACAAAAAUGAAUCUUGGUACAACCGGUAAUAUUGUUAUAAUUGGUAAUAAAAAUGUAGAUAAUUCAUCAACAAAUAAUAAUCCAACAACAUCAUAUGAUCAAGCAGCUAUAUUACAAGCACUUUGUCAAGCAGGUGUUAAUCCAUUACAUCAUGAUCCAACAGGAGAUGAUUCAGAUACAGAUUCUGAUGAUGAAAGUGGAUCAGAUGAUGAAUCACUUGAUAGUGAUGAUGAUGAAAAUAAUCAUUUAUCAGAUAUAGAUGAUGAUGAUGAUGAUGUAGUACAUUUAAUAAAUAAAAGUUCUCGAGGACGACCACGUCGACAAACAAAUAAAAAUUCAAAUCAUAAAAAAUCUUCUUCAACACGUCGUUCAACAACAACAAAUUCUCAAACGAAAAUAAAACAAGAUAAAAGUGAUACAGAUGAUGAUGAAUCAUCAGGUGAUGAAGAUCUUGAUGAUUUAGGUGUUGGUAAUGAUACAAAUAAUAAUUUAAGUAAUAUUGUUAAUCCACUUGAUAAUGAUUCAUCAUUAUUAAUUCCAGCUGACUUUUCUAAUCCUGAUUAUGUUCAAAAUCUUGUUAAACCACAUCGUAAACGACGUACACAUUUACCUAUAGAUGAUCAACCUAAAACAAUACGUUGUCCACAAUCAGGUUGUACAAAAAUGUUUCGUGAUACAGCUUCAAUGAAUAAACAUUUACAUACACAUGGACCACGUGUACAUGUUUGUCAUGAAUGUCAAAAAUCAUUUGUUGAAAGUUCUAAAUUACGUCGUCAUCAACUUGUACACACCGGUGAAAAAGCAUUUCAAUGUCCAUUUGAAGGAUGUGGAAAACGUUUUUCACUUGAUUUUAAUUUACGUACACAUGUUCGAAUACAUACUGGUGAUAAACCUUAUGUUUGUCCAUUUGAUGGUUGUAGUCGACGUUUUGCCCAAUCAACUAAUCUCAAACAACAUCUUCUUACGCAUGCAAAAAUUCGUUCACAUCAACCAUUUGCUAUUCCGGCUGUUGCUGUUACUAUUACAGAAAUUCAACCUCAGUAUUAA